UCAGUCACUAGUCAGUCAGUAGGAGUAGAGUGGUAGUUCGCUUCGCUGAAGACUGUGAAGGAAGACCCAAGUUUUCCUAGUUGCCUGCCAAAGCCAAACACAAAGAUAAAAGAUAUAGAUAGAUAAAGAUCAGAUAAUACAAACAUACAUACAUUUAAGGAGAGACAAUCACAAUGUCAGAAAAUUGAAAUAUCACGAAAGGAAAGGAACGGGAAUGUCCUCGAUCUUGACAGUGAUGUCGAUGUCAGGUUUUUUCAUGCCAUGCAAGUGAGAUAGGCGAUAGGAAUCAAGGGAUCACUGUUCAGGCUCAUCAUUUUAUAAGUUGAUAGCAAGAACCAUCAAUUUUAACCUCGAACACAGCAGCUGCUACAAGAUGAAGAUUUGUUGAAGUGUUUUGAUUUUCGUUACAACACAAUUGUCGUGUCUUUGUGUCUUAUUUCUAUUUAGUUAAGUUUUAAAAUUAACGACAAAAUGUCGAAUCCAGUACCUGUAUUAUCAUUAUAUGACAUUAGCAUUAGGUCCAUAAUGGACUUUUACAACUGCUUCAAAAAUGAUCCAGAUUUUAAAAUAUUACCAGAAAAUAUGCUGUUUGAUGUCUAUUAUAUGUUUUAUAGAGAAAAACGUCUGUGCUUGUUAGGAGUUGAAUUCGGUGACUUAGAUGUCUUUGCCAGAAUGUUAAAAGUUUCAAAUAAAAGGCUCCAGUUACUUAAAAGUUUUCAGACUUUGAUGGACCAUGGGACGCAAGUUGCCAAGGAGCUGUCCAACAGUUAUCGUAUCAGAACUGCGCUGGAGAUGCCCACAUUGCCACAAAAAAUUAGUGUCAUAGACCUUGGAAUCAGCCUAGGAGGGUUCCUCAAUGAAGCUGGGUGGUUCCAUGAGAGUGAACAAGUGCUGUCAGCUUGUCUGUGCUUGUGUAACACACUGCCAGAUCAGCCCUCCAUGUGGCGCAAGUCUCUAGAGUGCUGCCAUAAGUUGCUGCAUGCACAGGCUGUCUAUUGCAUGAUUGAACCUGCAGAGCAGACCAGACAGAUGGCUGCAGAGCUGGCAGAAAAGCUGUUUGCUGCAGGAGAGACCAUGAAUCUUGCUGGACUCUAUUCUGAAUUCUCCCUUUAUUCCUUCACCAAAAGCAACUAUGAUGAGGCGUUCAAGUGGAGUAUGCAGGCUAUCCAGGAGCUGAACGAGCACUGCUCUCCUCGGGUGACCAUUGAGGCUCUUAGCCAGGCCAGCAAGGCGUGUAUUGUCAAGCGAGAGUUUGUCAAGGCAGGGGAGCUGGUAAGACAAGCUGUACACCUAGCCAGGGAUAUCUAUGGACCACAACAUCCCAAGUUUGCAGACACACUGUUGGACUAUGGCUUCUACCUGCUCAACAAUGACUGUAUCAAACAGAGUGUCGCUAUCUAUGAGGAAGCACUGGCUCUCAAGAAAGCCCUGUAUGGUCGUUACAACCUACAUGUGGCAGUUGCUCAGGAAGAUCUUGCCUACGCUCUCUACGUGCACGAGUACAGUUCAGGCAACUUCAGGAUUGCAAGAGAGAAUGCAGAGAAAGCCAUUCGUCUGAUGAAGCAGCUGCUGCCUGAGGAGCAUCUGAUGCUGGCAUCUGCACAGAGAGUGCAUGCUCUCAUCCUGGAGGAGAUUGCUCUGGACAACAUCCCUGGAACUAGCUACGCCACAUCAACAGAACUGCUGAAAACUGCGGAAAAGUUACACAAAAAUGCUUUGAGACUAACUCGACUUUCCUUUGGAGAAGACAAUGUUCAAACUGCAAAACACUAUGGCAACUUAGGCCGCCUGUAUCAGAGCAUGAGGCAAUUUAAGGAGGCAGAGCAAAUGCAUCUGAAAGCUAUUGCAAUAAAGGAGAAGCUUGUGGGCCCAGAAGACUACGAGGUAGGCUUGUCCGUGGGACAUCUUGCUAGUCUGUACAACUACCACAUGCAUGAGUACCGCAAGGCUGAGCAACUCUACUUCCGCUCCAUCAAAAUCAAUCUGCAACUGUACAGUGCCACAUACUCUGGCCUAGAGUAUGACUAUCGAGGGCUGAUCCAUGUAUAUGAUAAGCUGGGACAUCGAGACAAAGUUUCAGAGUACAUGGUCCUUCUUACCAAGUGGAAGGAGCUACGCGAAUGCCUUGCUCUUAGAGAGACCUCACCUCUAGUACUAGAAGAAGGACCUAAAACCCUGGCUUAUAUCAAACAGCUUGUUGCCUGAACACUUCUUAAUGGAUAUUUCCUACUUUUUAAAAACUUGACAAGAUUUUGUGAAGACUUAAAAGAUACUGCCUCUGUCUAACCACACAUUAAGUUGUAGUUUAUAUUUGUGGUAUUAUAGCAGUUCAAUGUAAUGAUAUAUAAUAAUUUUUUAACUUUAUGAUGUUGAUAUUUGUUACAUAAUUUCAUAUUUUUUAUUUGAGUUUAAGAAAGUUUUAUGAGUAAAUAGUUAGGCAUUUUAAACUUGUCGAUUAACAGCAUUAGAUUCAUGGGAUAUCACAAUGAACUCGGUAUGAUCUAUAAAAAAGAAAUAUUUAUUGAGUUUACGCUGAUUUUAUUUUGUUUUCUCAUUUUAAAAACUAGUUUCUUUUGAACCAAGCAACUUAAUAUUUUGGAUCAAUCUUAAAUGUUAGACCAGCCUAUUGGAAAGAG